CGGGUUUUGAACUAUGCAGAUAUAUUUUGCGGUGACCAGGUGGCGUCCAUGAAGACGGAUUUCGACGCGAAUGCACGCGUCUUUACCACCUCAGCUGCGACAUGACGCAUCAGUCAGCCCCUCCGCACUCGCAAAAAUUGCUUGCUCUGGGCUGCGCAAGGGCAGCUCGUUGCUCACUCCACAUGCCACACCUCAAUCGACAUGCUGACAUACAAAUUGCACUUCACGACAGGCUCUCAUCUGCUCGAAUCUCAACUGGGUUAGAGCUCCAUCGGCCAUUUCGUGCGCCCGGAAUCUCGACAUUCACUCGACACCGAGCAAAGCAUCCUUAGCCACCCCGGAGAGAUGGCGGCGCAUCGAACCUAGGCAUUUUUGCAUGGCCGACCACUGAUUACCCGGCGUUUUUACGGCAAUCAUCAUGCGGAGACGCAAACCAGUGCGGGGACUCUGGUCUUUUUCGUCCGCGGCGCUUGUUGAAUAAUAGCCCUUGGUGAGCAGGAAAUUCGUUCACAUCAGCUUGUCUUGUUCGUUGUACAGUAGUCGCUAUAGCGGCCGGUCGAUUUUCUCAAUAUCACCAAAGUCGUUGCAACUUUUCAGCGUAGUGUUUCCCUCUUCUUUUCCCGCUUUUCCCACUCUUGUUUGUUUGAAUUGAGUUGUGAGACAAAAUGGCUAGCGAGAAGAGCACAGCGGCGUCGCGUCUCACUCAGAUCACCGAUUUUUUGACAGGGAACAAGACGGCGACAACGAUCCCAUGGGAUCCAAAUUGUACAAAGUUUCCUACGCGAAAGGAGCUGCCUCGCAUUCCUGGCGCUCCUGAGUAUGCCGCUUGGGUAUGGGGCAAGGACGACUACAUCGGUCGUCUGAACCUUCUUACUCCCACGCGUGUUGCCGCUGCAGCAAAGGAAAUCAGAACCGGAGAGAUUGUACCGGUAGAGUACGUCUUGCCAUCCCAUCUCUACCCUCGUGCGCAAUUUGACGACAAGCACGCAAGCGACUAAGCCACAGAUUCUAGUCUUCCCAUGACAGUUCCCGCUCAACCAGCUUUUGGCCGCGAAGUAUUCAAACAUGAGAUCAAGACACUAGCGGAGAACUACGCCUACGACGACAUCUAUCACUUGAACACGCAGUCCGGCACCCAGUGGGACGGCUUCCGGCACUUCGCUCAUAUGCCCACGGCCACCUUUUAUAACGGCACCAAGGGUUCCGACAUCACAGGCCCUAAUGCCAACUUGAAGUGCAGCAUGCACUACUGGGCUGAGCAUGGCAUCGCAGGACGAGGCGUUCUCCUCGAUUACUGGUCCUACGCUCAGAGCAAAGGGCUCGUGUACGACCCUAAUGACUACCACACCAUUUCAUACGACGAGCUUGCUGCGUGCGGCAAGGCGCAAGGCAUAGACAUCAGGCCUGCAUCUCAGGGUGGCGACAUCAAGAUCGGUGAUAUACUUUUCAUUAGGUCCGGAUGGCGGCAGGCAUACGAUACGAACUCGCCGGAAAAGAGAAAGGAGAUUGCGCUGAGAGGCCACGAUGGACGGCACGGCACGCAGAGUUAUGCCGGUGUGGGCCAAGAGGAAAAGACGCUUGACUGGCUGCAUGAUUGUUACUUUGCUUGUGUUGGGGGGGACGCGCCGGCCUUUGAAGCGUGGCCCACAAGGGCAGGGUAUCACCUGCACGAGUAUAUUCUCGCUCUUUGGGGGAUGCCACUCGGCGAGAUGCUCGAUCUUGAGAGGUUGGCGAAGAGAUGCAGAGAGCUUGGCAAGUGGACUUUUUUCUUCACCAGUGCGCCAGCAAACGUACCGGGCGGUGUGAGUUCGCAUGUGAACGGACAAGCAAUCCUGUAAGAUUAUGCCCUGAAGUCAAAGAAAUAUGGUGCCACACGGUAAAAGUAUUUACCAUUUAGUAAGGUAUGGUAUGGCUGAAUGAUGUAGCAAAUACAUAUUCCUACAGCAGAUACUACAUCAAUGAAUACAAUCGAUGCCUUAUCAUUGUAGGCAGUCUCUAGUAACUGAACCCCAGCACUCUAGCCCAUACGCUAUCUACCACCUAGAUGGGAAGAAAAAGCAGGAACUGGGUGAGAUUACUAGAGAUGAAUGACUUGUAAAGCCGUUGUCCAAAUGCUUUGCGAUCAUGGGCUUGUAGAAGUCGAAACGCCAUCACCUGAGCUAGUUGAGUCAAGAGGGUACAGCGUGCAUGGAUGCAUGCACUCAUGGACGAUUCACUUUUCAAAUCAUGAAUGGGAUGGUGGACUGCCGGGACGAGCUUUGAAGUUUGUGGUAUCGCAUAUCCCGAAUACGAUAAAGAAAGGUGGCCGGUAGUUCUAACACCAAGAAG